AUGUCGACGUUUAAGCCAUAUGCUUAUUUUCAGUGUCCUUGUUCUGAUACAUCCAUUCUAGCAAAUUCUUCUACGCCUCCGGAUUCCCCAACUCACGAAGAAGAACGCACGUUUGAUCCAAGAGCUCCACGCGCGAACUAUAGCUUAUAUCCACUGGAACAUCUUCUAUAUUAUGCACAAGAUCCUGUUUUCAAUGCCCAAUAUGUAUAUCACCUCUCUCAGUCAAUGAGGCGCCAGUCCCCGAAAUACCCAAUGUUUCGCCAUCUCCGACAGCACCCUAUAUUCUUCACUGUGCAUACUAUAAAGAAUGGUGGUGAUCCACUGAUAAGUGCAAAAGAACGCCGUCGAGACAGAGAUGAAAGGCGGUCAUCUUUGGCUACAGAAACGAUCCUGGAAGAGGCGGAUGAGGUCAUAGAAAAACAUACAGACCCAAACGAGAAACUCGAUAUAGAAAGUCAAUACGCGAACCUAAAAUCAUUUUACCAGGGCCAAUUGGCAGAUUCGAAUCCAAGCAGUGCGCUAGGAUUUUCCAAUGAUUAUGGAUAUGGAUCCCCGGGAGCAUUAACUCGAAUAAUGGGCCUUUACACAGGUGGAAGCUUUGGCGAUCGAAAAGCGAAAUCUAAAACUGCAAGCAUGCGAGAAGCGUGUGAUUCAACCGAAGGGCUUCAAGUCUACGAUCCCGAAACCGAGUCUGUGGCUGUCUCACAACUUCUCAGAGACGGCUGGGAAGGUACAAUUGCAACCGAGCAAAGAACAAAUCAGACAUCACCUUCAACCCGAUUCCUUGACUCUCUUCGCCCAAUCCCUUGCCUCCUCCGCACCAAACGUUCCAAACGUUGCCGUACCUGCCGUCAUAUUCUGUCCAAACCUGAAUCCAAACCUCUCCCCCUUCAACCCGCCCCCAGUCCGACUCCCGCCCAAAUAACCCUCACCCCUCUCAAGCCAACUCAAUUCCUCCUAACUUUCAAAAACCCCCUGUUCGAACCCGUUAAAAUAUCUCUCGCAACAAAAGGUCUCACAACCGACCGGCACGCCUCCAAAGUCAUCCUCCUUUGUCCCCAAUUUGAAGUCGGCGCCAACACAGAUAUGUGGGACGAAGCCCUCCAGGAUUCCUCGUCCUCCGCCCAUGAUCGGAAACAUUCAACCGCCACCCACGGCAGCAUGGCGAGCAUUGAUCUCAGCAACGAAGCGCACGGAAAACCCUGGGACAAAGGUCGCAAUUGGACAAGCGUAGUCGUCGAAGUCACACCCGGGAAACUUAAGACGAAAUUGCCCGGACUAGAGCAACAGAGGAGAUUAGAAGAGGAAGUGCAAAAGGAAAGAGUGGAAGAGGACGCCGAUGUAUGCGAAAUCGCGGUUUUUGUGAGAGUGGAAUGGGAGGCGGAUGCGGCCGGUGAUGGAGAUGGGGCUGGGAAAUUGGGGGGGUUGGGGGAUAGGGAUGGGAGGGAAAAGAGGGAGCUGGCUUAUUGGUGUGUGGUGGGCGUGGGGAGGAUCGGUAAAUGA